AUGGAAGCAUUGGGCUUGUCUGAGUGUCCAGAUAAGGAAUGUUCUCUUGAGUUAAGCCUGAACAGGAAAGUACCAAUGACGUAUAAAACAGGGAAACAAAUUUCAUCAUUAAAAGUAGAAUCUGAUCUUAUUGACUUGGAGCACGAAAUAUUACCUGUAGAAGCUGAUUUGACGUCAAAAUCUCUCAAAUAUUACCUUUAG